AUUAAUUAUUUUAUUAAUUAUAAUUAUUAAUUAUUUUUAUCAAUUAAACCAAAUCAAGUAAAAAAAAAGAAAAAAGUAAAGCAUAAGAUAAUAGCAUUGGGCUAUAAGCUCAAGUGCCUAAUGGAAGUACGAGAUGAAUAAGGUUGAGAAAGUGAGCCGAUCUAAUUGCGAAACCUUGUUCAAAAAAUAAAUGGCCCAAUGUGGCCUAAAAAAUUAAAUGGCCCAAAGAAAACAUACAUCGACCUAAGCAAAAAUAUAUGAUGCUGGCGCUAGGUUGGUUUACAUUCUGUUCUUCUUCGUUUGCAGCUGUUGCCGCCAUGGUGCUCAAGACUGAACUAUGCCGCUUCAGUGGAGCCAAGAUUUACCCGGGGAAGGGUAUUAGAUUUAUUCGCUCAGAUUCCCAGGUCUUCCUUUUUGCCAACUCCAAAUGCAAGAGGUAUUUCCACAACCGUCUGAAGCCAUCUAAGCUAACCUGGACAGCCAUGUAUACAAAGCAGCGUAAGAACGUAGAUAUUGCUGCUGAAGCCAUCAAGAAGAAGCGUCGCACCACAAAAAAGCCUUACUCAAGGUCCAUUGUUGGUGCCACCCUGGAGGUCAUUCAGAAGAGAAGAACAGAGAAACCUGAAGUUCGGGAUGCUGCAAGAGAAGCUGCUCUGCGUGAACUUAAAGAGAGAAUUAAGAAAACGAAGGAUGAAAAGAAGGCCAAGAAGGCUGAAGUAAUGGCUAAGCAACAGAAGACUCAAGGUAAAGGUAGCAUGAAUAAGGGUGCUGGUCCAAAGGGCCCCAAGCUUGGAGGAGGCGGUGGAAAACGCUGAAACCUUCCAACCCUUGCUGUAACAGAAUUGGGGGCUGAGCAAACAUCCUUUUCAGUCUCAUCCUUUUAGAUCAAAGAUUUUACCUCAAAAAUUUUGUUUAGCUUCCCUUUCUUCCAUGAUUUGUUAUAAUGGUUAGACUACCCGGAUGUCAUUUUCGCACUAUUUCUUAAAAAUGUUGUACAAAUUACCAAUGAUUUCAUCUGAGAUUUGAGGACUCUUACAGGUAGAAUGUUAUUGUCGCUUAAUACACAAGCACAUCUCAA